AUGGAAACUUUAUCGAAAGAACAGUGGGAGACAUUUCAAAACGCUAUGCUGUGCCAUGUGUGCGAGAAAUCAUUCGCAAAGGAUGAUACACGCGUGCCCGAUCAUUGCCACCUGACUGGACGGUACAGAGGUCCCGCGCAUUCCAAUUGCAAUCUAAAUUAUCAAGACAGUUAUUGCAUUCCCGUGGUCUUUCACAACUUAUCCGGUUAUGAUUCACACUUUAUCAUCAAAGAUAUAGCAACCGCGUUCGAAGGUUCAAUCACUGUACUACCUAUAACCAAAGAGAAAUAUAUUUCAUUUACAAAGACUGUAGGAAACAUGAUGGAUAGUGAAUAUAGCGACUUGUAUCUGAAGAUUGAUGUCUUAUUGCUGACCGAUAUUUUUGAAAAUUUCCGCAAUAGUUGUAUCAAAAGUUAUGGGUUAGAUCCCGCGUAUUAUUACACUUUGCCUGGUUUUACGUGGGAUGCUAUGUUGAAGCAUACGGGCGUUAAUUUCGAACUGCUCACUGAUAUCGAUAUGGUCAUGUUCAUCGAGCGCGGUAUUCGCGAUGGCCUCAGUCAAUGUUCCGGUAGAUAUGCAAAAGCCAAUAACAAGUACAUGCAGUCUUAUGAUCCAUUGCAACCAUCAUCAUAUUUGAUGUACUUCGAUGUAAAUAACUUGUAUGGUUGGGCAAUGUGUCAACAGUUGCCAUACGCCGAAUUUCGAUGGGUCGAUGAUGUAUCGAAUUUCGACGUAUCAUCAAUCGCACUAGAUUCACCUAUAGGUUACAUUCUGGAGGUUGACUUAGAAUAUCCGCAACAUCUGCACGACGCGCACACUGACCUACCGUUCUGUCCGACGCGGGGCAAACCGCCAAACAAAAAGCAGGACAAGCUUCUCGCAACCUUAUGCGAUAAGCAGCGUUAUGUGAUUCAUUAUCGCAACCUGCAGCAGUGCACGCGUUACGGUCUUCGUAUUGGAAAGAUACACCGCAUACUCAAAUUUGCUCAAUCUCCAUGGCUCCGCGAUUAUAUCGAACUUAAUACGCAGUUUAGAACACGCGCGACAAACGAUUUCGAGAAAAAUUUGUACAAAUUGAUGAACAACGCGGUGUUUGGUAAAACUAUGGAAAACGUUCGCAAUCACGUAGACGUAAAACUAUUGACAAAAUGGGAUGGACGAUACGGUGCUGAGGCAAUGAUUGCGAGACCAAAUUUUCAUAGCAGAAGUGUCUUUUCGGAAAAUUUAAUCGCCGUUGAGCUACGUAAACUUGAGGUGAAAUUCAACAAGCCGAUCUAUGUGGGUAUGUGUAUCCUUGACAUAUCCAAGAUCUGCUUGUACGAAUUUCAUCACGAGUACAUGUCUCCUCUGUAUCAGAACAGAUGUAAAGUAAUGUACACCGAUACUGACAGUUUAAUCUACCAUAUCCAAUGCGAUGAUAUUUUCGAGCACAUGAAACGUGAUAUUUCUAAGUUUGAUACGAGUGAUUAUCCCGCUGAUAAUGCGUACGGUAUACCGCUUGUCAACAAAAAGGUACCAGGUCUGAUGAAAGAUGAAAAUAACGGAGCGAUUAUGACGGAAUUCGUCGGGCUCAGAGCAAAGAUGUACGCGCUAAAGGUAGACAGCAAAAAUGACACGAAGAAGGCGAAAGGUGUGAAGACCAAUGUCGUAGCGCGAACUAUAACGUUUGAUGAUUAUAUGCAGUGUCUGAGAGAUGAGGUCGAAAAGCAACGUCGUCAGUCAUGCAUACGAUCCAAAAUGCACAAAGUGUACACCGUGUCCGAACUGAAAACUGCACUGAGUCCGUAUGAUGACAAGCGGUAUAUCGUACCGAACUCAACAGACACUUUACCAUGGGGACAUUACAGGAUACAAUUGUAA